AUGUCGGCCAUCACGCACGGCGCGCUUCGUGGCUACUGGGGCAAGAUGUUUCAGAACGGCCAGGACUGCCCCAUCGCCUUUGGAUACGAGCCCCGACGUGACCGCGAGGAGAAGCUCAUAGCUCUCGCAAAGGAGGCGAUGGCGCUCGCGCCCCUCGUCAAGGGUAUCCUGUCGGACGAGCGUCGAGAGAAACGCUAUCGCUCAGGCUGUUCGACUACAGUCAAUACCUAUCGGCCGGACCAGUACGUCAUGCCUCCGGGCGAUUGGGACACCGCCCAGCUCCACUACUUCACCAAGACGCAGGGUUCCAACGAGGACAUCCAGCAUGGUGGGGUAGCCACGCCGACGCCUCAGCUCGGCCAUGGCGCAUUCAACCCGCACUCACAUGCGUGGAGCAAGACCCCAAAUUUGUACCAUGUACUGGGGGUCGAGCCGAGGGCGAACGUCAACGUCUCAGCUGGCUCCCGUGACAGAUACACGGUCUGCCAUGCGGACGCGUUGACGCGCGAGAUGAACGGCGGGCUCGACACGGUUGGGCUGCUCGCAAAAAUGUUCAAGAAGCCGCCAUACAAGCCCAUGGUCAGGCUGCCGCCCGACAUGUACAAUGCCAUCUGGAACUCCGCCAGCGCAGGCAAGGUACCGUGGGUCGCGGGCCUGAAGCCGUUCGUGCAGGGCGUGAACCUUCCUGUCCUUCGUGGGAAGCAGUCCAUCUGGCACAUCCCUGAAGAUAUGGGCGGAGCACGGAAGAUCCAUGAUCUGAGUGCAGUCGUCGUCACGCCGUGGUGUGAUACGAGGGCGCCGAUGAGCUUUCACAUGCCCGGGCCCUACCCCACUCUGCAGCAGAACGAAGAGCUGCUCGAGGCGUGGUUCCAGGAGCCGACCGACCGGCUGUACGACCAUGGUGCCCUUGGUCACAGGAUGCUCCUCAAAAACUUCAGCUCCAUGAGCAGCUACGACGGCAUCAGCUUUGAGGAGUUUGAGGAUCACGUGAAAACGAACCCUACCUUUAACUUCGUCAAGGACCGCCUGCAUAUCCCGGCAUGGUGGCGCGACGCGCGGCCCUGUGUCACCCUCCAGGGUCGCAGAGCGGCGCAGGGCGAACUCCAUGAGGAGGACUCUGCCCACAGCCUCUUCGAUCCCGCUCCGCUCUACAGAAUGCCGACUACCGACAUCGACCUCAGGGGGCAGAUGAGGCAGGAGAUUAUUGCGGCUCGAGCGGCCGAGCAGCAAGUGCUGCAGCCACCACAGACCAGGCGCUCCGUUCACGGGCAGCCAUCUUCAGGAGCAGCGGCGCGCGGCCGGCCGCCGCCGCCGCCGAAGGCGCCGCCUCAGCACGCGCAGUCGCUGAUUGCCACUCGCGGGGCGCAGCCGCCGUCGCCGCGGGGCCCACCGCCGCCGAAGGCGCCGCCUCAGCAUGCGCAGUCACCGGCUGCCACUCGCGAGGCGCAGCCGCCGUCGCCGCGGUGCCCACCGCCGCCGAAGGCGCCGCCUCAGAAUGCGCGGUCACCAGCUGCCACUCGCGAGGCGCAGCCGCCUUCGCCGCGGGGCCCGCCGCCGCCGAAGGCGCCGCCGCAGCGCGCGCAGUCAUCGGCUGCCGCUGGCGAGGCGCAGCCGCCACCGCCGCGGGGCCCACCGCCGCCGAUGGCGCCGCCCCAGCACGCGCCGCCACCAGCGGUCGCACGCGAAACGCCGCCGCCGCCGCCGCGGGGCCCGCCGCCGCCGAAGGAGGGGCGCGGCAAAGCCCCGCAUUCGCCGUUGCCGAGGCCGAAAGCUGCGGCGAGGGCACACCAUCCGGCUCGGGCCGCCGCCCAUGUGUCGGGCGGCCUGGAGCAGCAAGCAGUGGGCGGCUACGCGGCGGAGCCAUCAUCGGGACUGGCUGAACGCCUCCGUAGGGCGCAGGAGCUGGAGGAGGCGGCAAAGGCAGCCGCCGACGAGCAGCAGCAGCCAGUCCCCGGCUCGCGACAGUCGGACUUGUCGAUGCUGCCCGAGUUCGAGGUGACGUCGCCCGAGGACGACAACGCCGACCCCGUGGAGAACGCCAGGCAGGUGCCAGACCUGCCCGAGAAGAAAACGGAGCCCCAGCUUCCCCAGGAGGACCAGGAGAAGCUGAGGCAGAUUCACGAGAACGACCCGAGGGCCAAAGCAGCCGCCGCUGCUGAGGCCAGUCCUCCGGUGGGGAAAGCAGACGGCGAUCAGACAAUGUCCGACGUCUUCGACCCCGUGACGCAGGAACCAGCAAAGACAGGGAAAGAAGGUACCAAAGGCCAUGCCCGCGGUACUGGAGCCGCAGAGCAGACGCAGCAGCCCAUGGCUGCUCGCUCCCGUGCAGGCGAGAGACCUCCGCCAAGGGGGCAUAGCAGGCCAAGGGCAGCCGCGGCAAGUUCGGGAGCACAGCAGAAGGGGCAGCCCUCGCGUGCCCCUGCCGCCGCGCACACACCCGCCGAGGCUGCGGAGGCGAUAGCAGAGCGGAAGGAGAACCGGCGCGCCCUGGCCGACAGGGUGGGCGCACGCGGUUUCUGGAACGCGCCGGCAUACCGUCGCGAGCUGCUCAAGAAGGACGGCGUGUCCGACCCGUGUUUCGACGAAGAGGUCAUGCCGAAGGCGGGGCCGCCGCCCGCCUAUGUCGCGGCGGUGAAAUCCGUUGGGGAGACUCUGGCAAACCUCAUCAAGCCAGAGGCGGCUACUGCGUUCACGAGGCUCGACUUCCCGCAGGCCUGCGCGGCGCUCAGCAGUCUCACGCGAGCAGCAGGCAUGCCGCCCCGCAUUUCGGGAGAGGCUAUUUACCUGCAUGCCGCCCACGGUGUGCCAUGUACCACGUGGCACCGGCCAACGCCCACCAAGACAUGGGCUGGUAAGAUCGCAGCGUACAUGGACGAAGGCGAACGGGAGUACAAAGACAUCGAGUACCUCGUCUCCACUGACUCCACCAUGGCGCUCAUCAGCGCCAAGGGGAAAACUGCGCUGUCCAGCGCUCUCAAGGAGCAGCUAACCAUGCGUUCGCAUGGGUGUCAGACCAGCGUUCGGGGUGGCGCGACCCUGGACGAUAUAAAGGUCUCACUACGCUCCAUGAAGUGGGCCACGGCGUGCCCGACCCGCUGCAGAGUCAUCGUGUGGAACGGCAACGAGUUGUGCGACCACAAAGACGACCGACGGCGAACAGCCCUCUCCAAUGCGACGAGUUGGAGCGCCUGGGCCCUAUCCAUGAUGGACGACGUCGUGGAUGAGCAGGCGCAUAUUGCAGAGACAACAGGAGCCAUGCUCUACAUCAUGGAUGCCGCCACGAUCUGCCACGAGCCGUGCUGCCCCGCCUUCGACAUCAAGGAGCGCCCUGCUGUCGCGCCAGGUGUAGCGGCUCCACCGCCGCCACCGGUCGCACCACCGCCUAAGCCUCCGGGCGCCACUGGCCCAAUGAUGAAGAGCGUGAUCCCCACCGGCGGCCACCAUGUGAGCUGCCAGGUGGGAGAGUUGCUGCAAUUCGGUGACAUUGGGGUACCAGUGUACGGGCCGCCCGAGUCCUCCGACAUCAACUCGGAGGACUUCAGGGUUUGGCUGGCGGAACAUCACGACGAACGACCUGCCUGGGCGGACAGGCGGUGCUCCACUGUGCCCCAUGAUGGCACGGUGGACAUUUACGGAAUGGAGACGGUGGCAGGUGAUCUCAUGGAGAUCCUGCCCAUUGACGAAAGGAUGGCCGCCGUAUUGGACGCAACAGUGAAGGACACGGCCAUGGACUUCGUCGCCGCAUCGCGUCCCAAGUCGGCCGCCGUGGUGAGUGAGCCAGUGCGGGCUGCCGCUGAGGUGCAGCCCGCCAGUGCCGACCCCUCCGGGAGGGCCCUUUGGGAUGCAAUCAUGGAGAACGUGCUCCGCCAUUCGUAUGUCGCCGGGGAGAACGAGCUCAUUGCUUGUAACUUCGGAAGUGGCCGCAUUCGAUGCCCGAAGUUAUUCGAAGCGUGCGCUUCGCACCAGAAGUCCGUCAUCAUGGGCGCGAGGCCUGGAGGCUCAAAGGCACCACAGAGCGAAAUUAUAGUCCAUGACCACCAGACGGUUCAUUACGAGCUCAUGCUCAUCAGCCGUGACAGGGAGUCGGAUUUAAAGGAGUUCCACUUGACAGAGCAAUUCUACGAUACUGACAAGUGGUACGAUUCGCUGAAAGGCCGUGCCGCUGGCCGCGACUGGGUGAUCAACAUGAUGCGCUUGGACCGUUCCCCGCUCAUCACGCGGGAGCACUGCUUGAGGAUGGCCAUCGAGUGCCUGGCCCCGAGGCGGCUUCACACCACAAGCCUUGAGAACGUCUCCUGCACCGCGCUCUCUGAUUGGCGCAAGGCGACAGUUUCCGAGUACGAAUCGUGUUCCAUGCUUGAGAUUGCUUUCCUCCUACCUGAGCGCGUCCAUGACCGCAUCACGCUAGUCCAGUGGGAGACUUAUUCCCAUGCCUCGGACAUCCGCAAGCUCUAUGCUUUACUUAACGCUGGUGUAUUCCAUCUGUCCAAGGAGAAGUGGAACAUGAGGGUCAAGACUGAUCAGAAGGCGAAGGAUAGGGGCUACGCAGAAGGCGCCUACGCCCUCCGCGACACCGGGUACCAGCAGUGUAGCCAUGCUACUGAGCUGUGGGGUGUUGGGAUCCUAGUAACCAUGGACUGCAAGGUCGACUACAAGGCUCUGGUUGACCCGACACCCGAUCCGGAGGAAGGGGUUCCGAAGUGGCGGAUAGAACAGGCGAUCGGUGACGCGAUGCGUCAGGGGGGGGGCCCGUUCCGCACGCGCGCAGGCCAUAGUCCGGCGUGCGGUACGAAUUCCAUUCAGGGGCAGAAGGAGAUCCAAGCUGAACUGGGAGAGAUAAGGAGGAAACACAUCGAAUUCCUCCGGGUGAAGGAUUGGCAGCACGGCGAACUGUAUGAGAGCGGCCUAAUCACGGACCAGUUCGACCGUCCCAUCCUCAUAGCCCAUGGCUUCCAGGAUAUCAUGACCCCUCUUUCGCAGGCUGGUUUGCGAGGUGAGCGUCCGCCGCUUCGAAGCAUGAAGAUGGACAUGUCGAUGCCCGGGGUCUCGGACCUCGACUGGCAGAACUUCCUAGCACAGAAGGCGCCCGAGUACCAGCCGCCGCCGCUGCCAGACGAGGCCUUCGCCUCCAUGCGCCGCGUGUGCGAGCCUCGUAUCCCGCUGAUGCAGAUCGACCCCGAAACAAAGCCCUAUGACGAGAAGCAGGGCUCUCCGUUCGACAUGGAUUACUUCUUGUCCGAAGGAACCCUGCCGCUCCCCCAGAAGAAGCAGAUCUCAGAAGGCGACUUCAGACGGCUUCACAAGGAUUUCGGAGACCAGCUGGACCUCGAGGAGCUCAAUUUGGAGCACGAUGAGCUGACCUACGUAGGUUUCAUCCCCAAUGAGCGGCGCCGCAUCCUUUUGGCAACAGACAGCUUCAUCAGGGAGAACCUGAAGGCGAUUUCGCCUCCUCGUGCUCGCUACGUCGACGAGCUCCACAAUAAUGGACCAGCACUCCCGCGUCAACGAACCAGCCGAACGAUCACCAGUGACAGGCUGUCCGUGCACGCAGAUUGCGCGGCAGACCCGCCCCUGGAGUAUUUGCGGCGGCUAAAUCCCAAUGGGCGCGGCAGGGUGGAGACCAACCUCAGGGCCCGUUACAACGCCAUCGAGAGCGCGAGUAUGCCUGGCCCGGACCAUGACCUGGUGCCGAUGCACCCGCACAUGCGCUCCAGGCCUUAUGCAAAUGCAAGCGAGCUGGGUCGAGAUGAAGCCCUGCGGCUAGGAGGAUUAGUGAUUCACCUGCUCCGCCACAGCUCGGCCCAUGUGCUAAGCUCAGGAGGGUGGGUGAACGUCGACGUGCUGAUUCGCAUGCUGAAGCACGUCGGUUAUGACCGCCCGUGGUUCAGAUUUCUCCACGCAGUGUCGAUGCUCGACUCGAAGGACAUCCAGAUAAUCGGCGUUGACAUGGCCGCAGCAGCGGAAGGCCCAACAUCCCGCCCCAUGGACUGGGAUGACAGCUUCGCCGAGAUCCCUCUCAAGGGGGGUGGCGCAACGGACACCGCUGACGACCCCAGCGCGGCUUUCGGGGGCAGCGCCGACGAGCAGCUCUUCAUGGUUCUUGCCGUUCGCCCCCUUCUCGUCCGCGCUGUGCAUGGCGACUCCCUGAGGGUCAUUUGCCCUUGCCGACGCAACGUGCGGUGCGAUCCGAACAUGAGCGACAAGCGCGGGGCGCUCCUGCUACCGAUGGAUUCCAUGGACGCUCGGCAAACUCAGUGCGGCGAGGCGACUCCACUGCUCGAUGCAGCCACGGGACUACGCCAAUGCGGAACCGUGGCAUUCACGAUUGCCAUCUCACCGCGCGCGAAGAUGGUCCAUGAUCUGAACGCGGUAGGCAACUAUCCAACGUUUCUUCAUCAGAAUGGGAUGUCCAGGGAGUUCAAUGGCACCACCAAUCAGGCUGUUCUCGACAUCGAUCUUUCCAUUCUAAAGGCGACGUUCUUCGCCACCCUGAGCCCGAGGCACGUCGAGGCUCAUCCGCGCUGGGUGCUGCCAUCGGGUCAGAUUUUUACAGGCCGCAUUCCUCAAUGGAAGGAGAUGUGGCAGGUCUCUGCGGCACUGGAAGCCCCCGAUGACAAGUCCAGGUGA